AUGCAGUUCCUCAAGAUCGUCUUCGCCUUCGCCGCCGCCCUCGCAGUUCCGGCAUCCGCCGCAACCUGCAUCCAGCUCGGAGCUUGUGCCGAGGGCAACGACAUCAGACAGUGCACUUCCGGAAGCUGCCAUCAGAAGCUUGGCCAAACUUGCACCAUUAGCGGCAACACCGUCAGCUGCCCUAACUAA